AUGUUCCGAUUCAUUCUAGUCGCAUUCUUGGUGAUCAGAGCUACUGAUGGACUCGGUGAAUUAUCGCGUAACCCAGCCAUAACGUUUCUGUCUGCGCGGAGCGGUUGGAGAAUUUACGAGGCGAAUACAUUAGCGGUGAAUCCGAACUUGUCCAUUGCACCGACCAGUGUCAGCCUCUCGGCGAACCAGAGAGCGGUCCUCUUGAACUUCGGAAAUGGUCAGGAUCCAAUUUUAGGAUUGGCCACAGUCGGAGCUUUCCGGGGCAGUCAACUAAACCGGAGACAUGGAAUCUACAAAAACCGAGCCUACGAUCUGGACUCGGUCAUCAUAUCUCCAGUGCCAGUCGAGAAUACCACGAACAACAAUACAGCUGUUCCGGCGACCCCGAUCAGCCUGACGUUCAUCCCGACGCAUAGUCAAACGAACCAGUGCAUGGUAGCGAGAGUGAGGUUCGGAGGGUCUAACACCGUCGACGGAGUGAUCACCAACAUCGACACUAUCGGCGGAGGCGGAGCAACGUGCGCGAUCUUCGUACGAAACUCGACCGACACGGCGUUGCUGGACGCUCGCGAAAUCCGUCGGUGUGAAUUGGGGCUCCGUAAGUGCUCUCGGGCUUUCAAGAGAACUCUGCGUGAGAAUAAUGACUUCGAGCUCACUACCCUGACGCCUUGA